AUGUGCUAUGGACUCACAACGACCAAGGUAAAAGAAUUAGCUUACCAAUUUGCAGCUGCAAAUCAUGUAGCACCAGAAAAAUGGAUUGAGAAAAACAAGGCCACAAAGGAUUGGUUUCGCGGGUUUAUGAAGAGAAAUCCUUCAUUAUCAAUACGCAAACCUGAAAAUACAUCUCUGUCCAGGGCUACAUCUUUUAACAAAGAAAAUGUGAGUAAGUUUUACGAAAAUCUUGCAAUCAUAUUAAAUAAAAAGAAAAUUGAACCUCAUAUGAUAUGGAACCUUGACGAAACUGGGUGUACAACAGUGACCAAUCCGCCAAAAGUGGUUGCAACCCGAGGAUGCAAACAAGUUGGACAGGUGACAUCGGCAGAAAGAGGACAGUUUGUCACAAUGCUUGGAUUCAUUAAUGCUUCUGGUGGCACCGUUCCUCCUGUGUUUGUGUUUCCUAGAGUCCAUUUCAAGGAAUUUAUGUUACAAGGUGGUCCAAAAGGUUCACUGGGUCUAGCCAACCCAAGUGGUUGGAUAACUGAAGAGAGUUUCUACAAGGCCAUGAUCCACUUUAUUAAAUAUGUUAAGCCCUCUGAAGAAAACCCUUGUUUAAUACUAUGCGACAACCAUUCUAGCCACAUUACAAUUAACAUCGUCACGUUGGCUAGAGAUAAUAAUAUUACAAUUUUAACGUUUCCACCUCACUGCAGCCAUCGCCUCCAGCCGCUGGAUGUUUCUGUUUAUGGACCUUUUAAAGCUCGAUAUAGAGAGGCCAUGAAUGCGUGGAUGUUAUCUAAUCCCGGAAAAACAGUUUCCAUUUAUGAGGUACCUCAAUUUACCAACACCGCGUAUAUUGCUGCAUUUUCCAUGGAAAACAAUAUUUCGGGUUUUCAGAAAACUGGUGUACAUCCAUUUAAUAGAAAUACGUUCAAUACGUUCAGACCUAUACCUGAGCUCCAUAACGCCGAAGUAUCAACUGAUAAUGCUCCUGGAAUAAUUGCUGAAUUUCCGUAUACCAGCGAUGACCCCACAACCUCUGCUACCAUCUCAUCUUGCUCCGUUCCACAAAUAACAAGCUCAGAAUCGAAUCCAUCAACUAUGGUUUUAUCUCCUGAAUGUAUUCGACCGUACCCAAAGGCGUUGCCAAGAAAAAAAAAUCAGAACCGAUCCAGGAAGAUGAAGAGCACGAUUAUAACUGACACGCCUGAGAAGGAUGCAUUAACGGAAAAAUAUUCAGCUAAAAAGGAACUCGUACAGUCAUCUUCAGAGUCAUCGGAUGCAGAUUUUUCACUUCGAGAAUCAGAUGAUUCUACUGAGUCUUCACAUAAUCUACCAUCUACAUCUGCAUCUCUUACCCUUAAGAUAGCAUCUUCUGUUGACAAACCUGCUCUAAAACCAAACUGA